CCCAUCCACUUUCAUCUUCUGCCAUUAUUCAACUGGGAUCCAACAAUGUCCAGUGAGCAGACUGCCAUUAGGCAAUCGUGUUCUGCCGAACAAGUGCUAUCAAAGUGGUCUUUGCCAGCUGUGACUAUGGGAUAUCCAGGUUCGUGCAUUGCUGUCACAACACUUUUGUUACACAAACUCUUGCCAAAGGUCGUGCAGGCCCGGGCUUCGGGGCUAGUUGAGAAGAAUUGUUGUGACAUUGACAUGUUGCCAAACCAAACUUAUCUAGGUACAUCCAAGCCGCUCGCCGCUCUUCCGAACGGUGAUCCUUCUUAUGGUAGCGUCUUGUCAUAUUUGCCUGGUCAAUGGCUAUCUGCCUGUACCUUUCCUGGUGAAUCACACCCCAUUCCAGUCCACGCAAAUGGCGAUUACGUCGGUUGUUCCGAGCCGGAGAACGAUAUCUUCGAACGACAGUUAAUGGUGGGAUUGGCAAGGUUUCUCAAUCGGUGCAAUGGGUUCCAUCCUUCGUAGGUCUGGAUUGUGACUGACUAUAAAGUUCCCUUCAAACUUUUCGGCCCACUUCAGAGUGGCCAUUCUUAUCAGUGCUGCUUCUCGGGUCUGUUUGCUUUUGGCUUCGUUGUUAUCGCCUCAGGCAUCAGAUCUCAGACCGCAGGUUUUAAAUAUUGUUAUGCACUCUCAUGACUCGUCAUGUUUUGAAGAGAUACGUGAAUCACGAUUAUGUCACGUGCGAGUGGGUC